AUGACACGACAACGGCAACUGCGCCUGCCUCCAAGUCAGACCGACGAAGAAGGCCCCGGCGUCAAAGAAGCGACUCGGGCCGAUACUGACACGCAGGACGACACGGCCGAUACUUCAAAGCCAGCCAGUCGCAGUACCACCAAACGCACCAAGAAAAGCGCCGCCAAAGAGGCUGCCGAUGACGACGACGAUGCUGACAUGGCCGACUCCACAUCUGCCACAACUCCCAACGAUGCGUCAGGGAGUGCUCAAGCCCAAACCGACGCAAAGGAUGCUACUCCCCCCAAGAGUAAAACCCCCGAGCCUCCUGCAAAGAUGGUCUCCGUUCUGAAACGGGGUGCCGCACCGGUCGACCCAUUGUCGCCUCACCUCGUUUCCACCCAUCAAGUUUAUGUGGACGACCAGGGUGAAAUUUGGGAUGCCAUGUUGAAUCAGACUGACGCAAUGAAUAACAACAACAAAUUCUACGUUAUUCAACUUUUGCAUCCUUCUAAAGAUAAGAAUUCAGUGUCUCUUCACGUACGCUGGGGGCGAGUGGGAGAGAGUGGAUCAUCACAAGACAAGGGCCCCUGGUCGCCUGAUCGAGCAGCCCAAGAAUUUCUGAAACAGUUCAAAAGUAAAGCCGGGACCGACUGGAGCAACCGUAAAACCAUGCAGCCUAAAAAGGGAAAAUACAUGUGGCUUGAGCGUGCAUAUGGAGAUGACGAUGAGGAAGACAAUGGUAAAGGAAAAGCCAAAGAUGAGGAUGGUCCUCGCGCAAAGACCCCAGAACCCACGCUUGGAGCCGAGUUACUCGAUCUUGCAAGCUUGAUAUUCUCGGCUAGCCUUAUCCAGGCGGCACUGUCCGAAAUGAACUAUGAUGCAAACAAGCUGCCAUUGGGAAAGCUCGCUAAAUCCACCAUUCUGAACGGGUUUACCGCCCUGAAAGGUAUCGCUGAAGUGCUUGCUGAGCCAAAUGGCGCCAAGGCUGCAGAGCACGGCGGACAACGACAAGCUUGCAUUGAUCUAACGAAUGCUUACUACUCGGUCAUUCCUCACUCGUUUGGUCGUCGUCAUCCUACUAUUAUCGAUCGUCCCGAGAUCCUCAAGAGGGUUGAACUCGAGCUUGUGGACGCAUUAGGCGACAUGGAGAUUGCGAACAAAAUCAUGUCCGAUAGCCGCCCCAGGGACGCGGACGGAAAUCCUGUCAACCCACUUGAUGCUAACAUGCGUUCAUUGGAUCUCAAGUUUAUUGACCCUGUUGCCCGAGGCAGCAAGGAAUGGAGCACCAUUGCUGACUACAUGACUGGUACUCACGGUGCUACUCACUCGAAUUAUAAGACUAGUCUGAGAAACCUAUUCCGGGUCGAACGCCAUGGCGAGACCGAAAACUGGAACAACGCUGGGUGGGGAGAUCUCAAGGAUGGAGAAAAGAUGCUGCUUUGGCAUGGAUCACGUAGCACCAAUUUUGCAGGUAUUUUGAAACAAGGUUUGCGCAUCGCACCUCCUGAAGCACCCGUAACCGGAUACAUGUUCGGCAAGGGUGUGUACUUUGCCGACGCCUUCAGUAAAUCGGCAAAUUACUGUCAUGCUGGACAAAGUAAAAAUAUUGGUAUUAUGCUGCUUUGCGAGGUGGCCGUAAAGCCAUACCUUGAAUUGAAUGAUUCCGACUACUAUGCCGACCAGAACAGCAAGAAUAAUGGCAAAAUUGCAACCAAGGGUGUCGGAAAAGCCCAGCCCGGCGAAUGGCAAGAUUGUUCUGAUGCCUUGGACCGAGAAGAUCUCAAGGGGGUGGUUAUGCCAAAAGGUGGACUAAAGCAACUUAAGCCGCCUGGCGCAUGGCUGCAAUAUAACGAGUAUAUUGUAUACUCCCCUAACCAAAUCCGUGUGCGGUACUUGUUGAUGGUGGACAUGAAAUACCACUAA